CCUCUCAUUUGAUUCAGAGGCAGCUCACACACACCAACUUGCGCACAGACCGUGGAAAAAUAGGGGCAGAAGAUGGCUGACUUAACAGGGCAACGCAAGCCCUCAACGGCAUCAUCAACUUCACCCGGGCUGUUCCCCAGCUUGACAUUAGCCUUUGGGCAACUUUAAAGCGGCCCCGCCUCGCACUUGUCCACUCUACCCCAAUCGCAAAUAUUGACAGAGCUAUUAUAAAAAAUGGCAGAGAUGGAGAAAGAGGGCAGACCCCCCGAAAAUAAAAGAAGCAGAAAACCGGCUCACCCCGUGAAAAGAGAAAUCAACGAAGAAAUGAAGGUUCGGGCUGAGCGGGCCCACCCAUGGGCAGGCAAGGCGGGUGAUCUCCAUGGCAACCCGCCCUACUCCAUGAGUUUUGCGGAGAACACCAUGAAUGAGCUGCUUGGCUGGUAUGGCUAUGACAAGGUGGACCUGAGAGACCAGGACAACAUUGACAUACGGAACUACCCAGAUGGAGAGACACAUCCACACAUCUCUGUCCUGAAAGAAAACUCUUUACCAAAAAUUCCAGGAGGAUCGGGGGAGAAUAGUGAUGUCUCCCCAAACCAAGCCAAUAGCUCCCACUCUACACCGACAUUGAGGAACGGAGUGACAGAGUCCUCCACCACCCCGUCCACCUCCACACCCAGCACCAGGGAGCAUGGGAACAUGCCCAUCAUAGUUCCACUGAUCCCACCCCCCAUGAUCAAGCCACCAGCAGACGAAGAUGUGUCUAACGUCCAGAUCAUGUGCGCAUGGUGUCAGAAGGUUGGCGUCAAGCGCUAUUCCCUCAACAUGGGCACUGAGCUGAAGAACUUCUGCAGUGAGAAGUGCUUUGCUGCCUGCCGCCGAGCCUACUUCAAGAGAAACAAGGCGAGAGACGAAGACGGCCGUGGUGAGAAAUUACCCCAGCACAGCUAUUCUAAGGAUACGCCCAGGCUUGUCUUCAAGACAAACAGCGAUGUGCUUGUGUGUGACUGGUGCAAACACAUCCGCCACACCAAGGAGUACCUGGACUUUGGUGCUGGUGAACGGAGGCUGCAGUUCUGCAGUGCCAAAUGCCUGAACCAGUACAAGAUGGACAUCUUCUACAAAGAGACUCAGGCGGCGCUGCCAGGGGGCCUGUGUAACCCAGGACACGGACCUGUGGAGGGCAAAUCGGAGAGCAGCACCGGGGCGCAGCUCCUCACCCCCGAGUCCUGGGGCACGCCCUUGGGUGACUUACGUCGCAAAGCCCCUUCCCCUGGGGGAAACCCCUCUGUGCCAGUCCCCUCCAGCUCCACCGCUGCCUCUCCCUCUGAGACAGGCACUGUCUGCUCCCCUUCCUCCAAAAACCCCACGCCCAGACCCCACGAGAGCCCCACCUUACCCCCUCCCUCACACCCCUCUCUGCACUCUCCCAUGGGAGUCCCCUUGGGUAGCCCCCCAAUGGUGAUGACCCGGGGACCAGUGCCCCUGCCCUUCUUCAUGGAGCACCAGAUGAUGCAGCAGAUGCGGCCACCUUUCCUCCGCCCACCUCUCCACGGCCCAGGCCCUAACAGCCCCCUGUCCAACCCCAUGAUCCCUGGCAUCGGACCACCACCACCCCUGCCGAGAAACCUGGGUCCACCAUCCAGCCCUAUGCACAGGACACAGUUCUCACCCCACCACCAUCCCUCUAACAACCCCAACCUGGGAGGGAACCCCCAAGGGAUGAUGCCACCCCAUCCAGGCCUACACAUACCCGGUUUUCCCUUCCACCCCAACAUGAUGCCAAACGGGCCCAUGCUUAUGCCACCCAUGAUGAACUUUGGUAUGCCUUCCCUCGCCCCUCUGGUUCCCCCGCCAACCCUGCUGGUCCCUUACCCUGUAAUCGUGCCCCUGCCGGUGCCCAUCCCUAUCCCCAUACCCUUCCCCUACAACCCCAAGACCUCCAAGGACAAACCCAGCAACAACAACAACCCCAUUCCCAGUGCAUCAGGGGAGGACCACAGGCCCUUCUCCCCUGGUUCCUCCAGAGGGGAUCACAAGUUUGGGCCCUCCAGUUCCGGGGUGCACUCCCCGGGCUUCUCUGGCUACAAUCUGGCCCGCUUUGGCUCUGAGAGGAGUAGGACUGACGUGGUGGACCUGACCGUGAAGACUGAGAGUCCGGGGUGUGCCUCCACCACGGCCUCCCUUCCCGAGGGCGUGAUCGACCUGACUCUGGGCCGGCGAUCGCGGCUGCAGCAGGUCAUCCAGCGGGUGGUGCCCAGUGUCCAGGUAAAGGUGGAACGAGAUGGGGACUCAACCAGCCCCCCACCUUCUGGACCAUCCCCUCUGAAUGCCUCUGGGCAGGGGAAGGGGGACAGCAGCCUAGAGGACAUGAGCCAGGAGAUCAGGGAGGCCAUUAGUGACUCUCUGGAGCCAGGCUUCCUGCCUUGUAGCCAGGCCACAUCACCAUCCCCACAGCCAAACCAAAACUCCUACAAUACCCAGCUAACAAUUCACCCUGGCACACCACGGACCCAGCCCUGCAGCCCAACUGCCCCCUGUGAUGUCAUAGUAAAUGGCAGCAGUCAACACACAGACGGCCCCAGCCGGAGCACACUACCCACACCUCUGUCUGACCCUGGCCGGAGAGGAGGAGGAGGAGGUUGCGGCGAACCAGCCAACUGCGAGCUGGAGCUGGAGGCGCUGAAGGAGAACAGCUGCUUGGUGCCAGAGUGGGAACCAGGUAAGAGGGGCCCAAGUGAGGAGGCAGUGCAGGGGGGCACUUGGGAAGGAAAGCUGGAAGCCAACGGCAAUCUUAUGGAUCUGGACGAUGAUGACGACCACGCCUAUGCACUGCUGCUGCCCAAGGCUGGCUGUGUCAUCCAGCCCCUGCCAAAGCCCAGCGACAAGACGGCCAUCGUGUCAUGCAGCAUCAGCGCUCCCCUGGCAGCAGGGGCAGGGAGCCCCGAGCUGGAGCCACCGCUAAAGAGGAGGUGCCUGCGAAUACGCAAUCAGAACAAAUGAGGCA